AUGUAUGUUGUCCUCAGCCAUAUUGCAAUCACAAUUUCUGCUCCAGCCAAGGUCCCGCCCAAGAAAGGCUCCAAGAAAGAUGUUACCAAGGCCGCAGGAAAAGGCGGAAAGAAGCGCAGAAAGUCCAGGAAGGUGAGCUAUGCCUUCUACAUGUACAGGGUCCUGAAGAAGGUCCACCCCAACACUGGUAUUUCCUCGAAGGCCAUGGGCAUCAUGAAUUCCUUCAUCAACGACAUCUUUGAGUGCAUCGCUGGUGAGACUUCUCGUCUGGCGCAUUACAACAAACGCUCUACCACUAUCACCUCCAGGGAGAUCCAGACCGCUGUCUGCCUGCUGCUCCCUGGUGAUUCCUACCACGCACGCCGUGUCUGA